ACCUCGGGCCUGCAUCCGACCCAGCACAGCUUCAACGGUUACCGCGGGCCCUGGCUGGAGAAUGUCUUCAUUGACAGAUGGCUGUCGUUGAAGCCCUCUACUUCACGCCUGUUCAUUCCUGUGGCAUGGACUGAUGCCAUGCACUUCAACACCCUCAGAAUGCACAUGCAGCAG